UUGUACAAUAAUAUGCUCAAUACACUAACAGAAACACUAAAAAAUACAUACAUGAAAAUAAACACACCAACAAAUUUUGAUAGGAAAUAAACAACGAAAACAAUAAUAUAAAAACAUAUCUCUCAAGAUGUCCCAAGACGAGGAGCAAAAAUCAUUUGUUAGAAUUUCAUCAAGAAGGGAUUCAAGUCGUUCGAAGUUUUUGUCAAGACCAAAAACCAUGGCAAGGACCAUGACUACGAUUGCCCAUGUGCCAAAUGAAGAUAUUAGACCAUCAAUGAAACACUUCACCCAACGACAUACCUCUGAUCCAAGACCCAAUUAUCGAACAGAGACUAUAAUUGGUAAAAUAAUUUCUAAUGCCAAGUACCAACCUGAUGAUUCUCCCGAUUUGAUGAGUCGCCAGCCAAGUUAUAGGAAGUUCCGAAUACCUUAUGAAAUGAUUUGCGCCAAUCGUUAUCGAGAUUCGUUAAAGUCAUACGAGGCGCAAUUGAAGCACGAGGUAAAGAAAAUUAUUGAUUUUCAGAGUAGCGCAGCUGAUGCAUGUUACUUUGUGCGUUGCAUGGCUAUAACUAGCUUUUGGCCACCUUUGCAUCAUAUGACUGAUGUGAAACACACAAGCAAGAAUUUCUUUCAGCUUUCCGAAAGGGAGAGAUGGCGUCUUCAGAUAAUUAUGAAUACCGAUAUAACAUAAUGUCCUCGAAAGGGUAUUUUACAUUUUCUGAUACCUUAAUAAAACGAGCUAUUAAAU